AUGAGAAAGAAAACAAGCAAAGUCUUUUUCUCAGUCUCUUCUUUCGAUUCCUCUUUCUUUUUCUUUUUCUUUUUCCUAUGUUUAGGAAUACUUUUCUCCAUGAAAAUGGCCAUGGCACAGAAAAGAAAAACAGUUCCCAUGAAUGUGGGAGUUGUGUUAGAAAUGGAUAACUGGACUGGGAAAAUGGGUUUGAGUUGUAUUUCUAUGGCUUUAUCUGAUUUAUAUAGCUCUGAUCAUGGCUCUGAUUAUAAGACCAGACUGGUUCUCCAUACACGUGACUCGAAGAGUAACGUUGUUGCUGCUGCUGCAGCAGCACUUGACCUAUUGAAGAAUGUUGAAGUGGAAGCCAUUAUAGGUCCAACAUCAUCAAUGCAAGCUGAUUUCAUAAUUGGUUUAGGAGAGAAAUCUCAAGUACCAAUCAUCUCAUUUUCUGCUACAAGUCCUUCCCUCUCAUCAUUUCGUAGUCCAUAUUUCAUUCGUGCCACUCUAAGUGAUUCCUUUCAAGUUCAAACCAUUAGUUCCAUUAUCCAAUCUUUUGGAUGGAGAGAAGUUGUCCCUAUAUACAUUGACAAUCAAUUUGGAGAAGGAAUUAUACCAUUCCUGGCGGAUGCAUUGGAAAAAAUCAAUGCACGUAUCCCUUAUCGAAGUGUUAUUCCUGAAUUCGCCACCGAUGAUAAGAUAACAUCCGAACUUUACAAAUUAAUGAGUAUGCAAACUCGGGUUUUUGUUGUGCAUAUGACAACUUCAUUUGGUGCCAAAAUUUUUACUAAGGCCAAAGAACUUGGAAUGAUGAGUGAAGGGUAUGUUUGGAUUAUUACAGAUGCUAUGACAAAUGAACUUACUUCUAUGGAUUCUUCAGCAAUUGAAUCCAUGCAUGGAGUUAUUGGAGUGAAACCCCAUGUCCCGAGAAAUAAAAGGCUUGAGAAUUUUACUACAAGGUGGAAAUUGAAGUUUCAACAAGAAAAUCCAACAAUUCUUAAUGCAGAAUUGAAUGUGUUUGGACUAUGGGCUUAUGAUUCAGUUACUGCACUAGCCAUGGCAGUGGAGAAAUCAAGAAUCACCGGAGCACCUUUUCAGAAGCUAAACAUUUCAGGAAAUGCAACAGAUCUUGAAACUAUUGGAGUUUCCAAAGAUGGUCCGAAGCUUCUCCGAGCUAUCCUAAACACUACUUUCAAAGGACUUAGCGGAGAUUUUCAACUCGUUGAUGGGCAAUUACAGUCACCAGCUUAUCAGAUUAUAAAUGUGAUUGGUAAUGGUGCGAAAGGAAUUGGCUUUUGGACAAGAGAAAAUGGGAUUGUUAAAAAACUGAAUUUGAGAAAUGGAUAUUCCAUUUCUAAGGAGAAUUUUGGGUCUAUUAUAUGGCCUGGUGACACUACUUCUGUUCCUAAAGGUUGGGUAAUUCCAACAAAUGGGAAGAAAUUGAAGAUUGGAGUUCCAGUGAAAGAUGGUUUCAGUGAAUUUGUGAAAGUUACAACAGAUUUUACUACUAACACAACAACAGUUACUGGUUACUGCAUUGAUGUUUUUGAGGCAGUGAUGGCAGAAUUAAAUUAUUCUGUUCCUUAUGAAUUUGUUCCCUAUGCACCUCCUGGUGCAAAGACUACUGAAAGUUACGAUGAUCUUGUUCAUCAAAUAUUUCUUGGGGUAAACUUUUAUUUGAUUCUAACAUUAACCAAUGAACAGAAGUUUGAUGCUGUUGUAGGGGACGCUACCAUUAGAUCAAAUAGGUUGCAACAUGUUGAUUUCACAUUACCUUACACAGAAUCUGGAGUCACAAUGAUGGUGCCAAUCAAAGACAACAACAGAAAUAAAGCUUGGGUAUUCUUAAAGCCAUUGACUUGGGAGCUGUGGUUAACAAGCUUCUGUUCUUUUGUUUUCAUUGGUUUUGUGAUUUGGGUACUUGAACAUAGAGUUAAUGAAGAAUUCAGAGGACCUCUUUCUCACCAAGUUGGCAUGAUCUUUUGGUUCUCCUUUGCAUCUAUGGUCUUUGCGCAGAAGGAGAAGAUAGUAAGCAAUUUGGCUAGGUUUGUGUUGAUCAUCUGGUUCCUAGUAGUACUUAUAUUGACUUCAAGUUACACAGCAAGUCUUACAUCAACGUUAACAGUUGAAAACCUCCAGCCAACUGUUACAGAUAUAAAAGAACUUCAGAAGAACAAGGAGUAUGUGGGAUUCCAACAGGGUUCUUUUGUUAAAGAACUUCUAAUAAAGAACAAGUUUGAUGAGGACAGGCUAAAACAAUAUAACUCUUCAGAGGAAUGUAUUGAUUUGCUCUCUAAAGGAAGUGCAAAUGGUGGUAUUGCUGCUGCUUUUGAUGAAAUUCCUUAUGUGAAACUUUUGCAAGCAAUUAAUUGCUCGAAAUAUACCGUGGUUGGACCUAUAUAUAAGAGCGAUGGCUUUGGCUUUGUAAGUAACUCCUUUUUUCUCUUAACAAUAAUUUUCUUUUGA